AUGCGGCCCUUACAGGUUCCGUCUGUCCUGCACAUUUCCUACGAGGAGAAGAAGCUGAUUGCGUAUUUGGCUGGUAGCGGAACGACCGUCUGCAGUCUUUACUUGCUAACCAUGGCCGGUCGCUCAUUGAGCUUUUCCGAUCAAAGUAGCCCUUGCUUUUCCGAGAACAGUGCGUACAACCUGGAAAUUACCCUCGUGGUUAUCCUUUCCAUCAUCUACCUCGUCAUCGGUGGAGCAUUCUUUUGGGGCAUACGGCAGGAAAAGGCUAAGUAUUUGCUACCGUUUCUCUGCUUCCUAGUUGCUGCGACCGGCUUCCUUGGCCAUGCACACAUCGAUUGGAUGCUGUUCGAGGCGGGAUCCGGCGAGAGACAGUUUGGCAUUUUUGCUUUCAUCUUUGCAACGCUGGUUCUUACAUUUGCCAGCACAAUCAUUCUGCUGCUGUACCGUGAAAUGAACUCGGGCAAACGCACGAAAAAGGAUAGCUUUGAAGUGUUUUAUGAUGAUGAAAAAUAUUGA